GUUACUAGCAGUAUGGCCGCUCCUAUGAACAGUGUGGGUAAACCAUCAGCGUUUACUACUACGAGUUUUCAGAAGAAAACAAGAAGCAGGUUGAUCUCUAUACCUGGCACCAGGCAUUCGGUUCAAAACGGACAACUCUUAGUUUCCACCGGUGUCACCUCGCUCGACUUUCUGCUCGGUGGUGGGUUAGCAGUUGGAACAGUACUUCUCAUAGAGGAGGACCGAUAUGAUAGCUACUCUCGUAUGAUCUUAAAGUACUUCCUGGCAGAAGGAGUGGUGUGUCGACAUGAACUUUUUGUGGCGGCAGCUCAAGAUAACCCUGAUGACAUCUUACAGGAACUCCCGGCUCCUAUCUUGGAUGAUGUUGCUAUCCACAAACCAGCAGAGCAGCCCAGGCUGCCUUGUGAACCUCAGGACACUUUGGAUGCCAUGAAGAUUGCUUGGCGUUAUCAGAAUCUUCCAAAAGUACAGAGUGCCCUGGCGUCCUCGUCCCGGUUCGGGCACUACUAUGACGUCUCCAAGACGAUGGAGCCAGAAAUUCGCCAGGCAGCCAAGUGCCACCGCUUCUUCCUUCCUGAACAUCCUACCCAGUCAUCACCCACACACAGUCCGAUACUUGAGUCCUACUCUGCGCUGCUGAAGUCGCUUCAAGAGGUCAUACACAGAGAGGGCUUUGAUGUAGCAGCCUCCAUGUCAAAGUCACGUAACAUCCUGCGCAUUGGGCUCCACUCUCUUGGCUCAGCUCUUUGGGGUGAUGACCUGAGUUGCCAUGACAACCCUACACACCGCCACGCCCUCACUACCUUUCUCUAUGGACUGCGUGCUUUGCUGAGGUCAUCACUGUCAGUUGCAGUAGUUACUGUACCUUCACAUCUCAUCCAGGACAGAGCUCUAAUGGGCAGCAUAACCAGGCUAUGUGACAAUGCCAUAGCGCUGGAAUCAUUCAAAGGCUCUGAGAGAGAGACCAACCCACUCUACAAAGAUUACCAUGGCCUGCUACAUGUACGCCAGGUACCUCACCUGAACUGUCUGGCGAGUCAACUCCCUGACCACAAGGACCUGGCCUUUAAGCUCAAGAGAAAACAGUUCAGUAUUGAGAGACUACAUUUGCCUCCAGACUUGUCUGAGACUGUGAGUCGUGUGAGCAGGGGGGAGCUGGCAGGAGGGACCACGGUGGCUUCAGCCUGUGGCUCUGGCACUUCCGGCAACAAACACCUGGACUUCUAGAGCUCCCACACAGUCGCCACGGGCAACCAACACCUGGAACGCUGCAGCGUUGUCCUCUUUACCACGGUGACCAGGUUGUUCCCUCGCCCACAUAAUGUCAGCCGCGAUAACCCUUCCAGCCAUUACCACCUGCCAACUGUCCCAGCCAGGGGUGAAGAUCUAAACAUCCACAGUACCUCUACUCAUAACAGACACAUUUCAUGCUACAUUUCAAGUUGUUUUUAUAUCAUUUUAAAGUAGACUCUUUUUCUUUUCUUACUCUGACGGCCUUAUUUGCACAUUUCAAACUGUCAUGAGAAGUACAUUUAACUUUCAAGUAAAAAGAAAAAAGUUGUUAAAGAAGCUCUAUGGUGUUUCAGAAAGUGAAUAUGAAGGUUUGUGAUUGGCAGGGUCACUUGUGCUUAACCCAAUUAAAAUCCAAGAUGGAGGUUUUUCCUCUCCCUCUGGGGGUUUGUUUACAUGUAAAGUGUAAUCAUGAAAUAUUUUUUAGUCAUUGCAGACUCUCAGUCUUGGCAGACAUUAAAUAAUUUAAGUGCAUUCUACCCUAGCUCAGCACUUACUUUACGAAACAAGUGGCCACUCCUGCUUAGCUCCACCGUGUACAACAGUAUGAAAGUACAAAUUUUUUUGUAGGAUAAUGCAAUAAAAUGUGCUUUUGUUGACUUAAAUAAAAGAAAAUA